CAGCUCCCCAGUGACGUUUUAGAGACAAGCACGUCAAGGCCGAGCUAAGCAACAAAGUGAAUUGGGCGCGACUUGACUUGGUUUCUCUCUACUCCUAUACCUCAACCGACUCCAACAUCUUCACCAACAUACGUCCUCCCAAUCUAUAACACCACCUUCCAACAAACAUGAUCACCGGAUCUCUCAGCCGCCGCCUUUUGGCCCAGCAGCCUCGCGUCCUCAGCCAGCGCCCAAUCGCAAAGAUUAUUAGCAGACCAUUGUCAUACACUUAUCAGCUGCAAGCAGCCAAGGAUACUCAGGACAAGGACUCGCUCAAGCCUGAGCCCUAUGAGUACAGCAAGAGUGGCUCUGACGACCAAGCCGCUCGCGUCGAGGACACAGCCUUCAACCCCAACAAGACGACACCUGAGGAGCAGCAUGACUCGGCUGGUCGCGAGUCUGGAGAUGCAACAAACCCCCUGAACGUCAGCCCUGCAAACCAGGAAGUCAGCAAGCCUAGAAGCCCAACAGAGGGAGGAGCUGAAGGCUCGGCCGCAGCGGCGAGUGACAGCCCUAGCGACAGAUCCAGAAGCAGUGGUAAGGGAAGCCCCACCAAGGGCAGUGAAGGCCAGAAGUACAGCUCAUAGUUCAAGAGGACAUGAGAUUUACUGUAAUGUCACAUAGCAUUGGCAUAUAUACAUUAGAGCAGCUCUG